AUGAGUGUAAAUACCAGAGUAUAUUCUGUAGCAAGGGUCUAUGCUGAUGUGAACAGUAAAAAGCCAUCAGAAUAUUGGGAUUAUGAAAACCACAAAAUAGAAUGGGGCGACAUAAAGAGAUAUGAGAUAAUUAACAAGAUUGGAAGAGGCAAAUACUCUGAAGUAUUCCAAGGAGUGAACAUUUUAAACGAUGAGCCGUGUGUCAUAAAAGUUUUGAAGCCUGUUAAGAUGAAGAAGAUUUAUAGAGAAGUUAAAAUUUUGAAGAACUUGACGGGGGGACCGAACGUCGUCGCAUUAUUGGACAUAGUCAGGGAUGAUCAAAGUAAAAUUCCUGCUCUUAUAUUUGAAAAGAUUAAUAAUGUUGACUUUCGAAUCUUGUAUCCUAAGUUUACUAUUUCAGAUAUUCAGUAUUAUUUCACAGAAUUAUUAAUUGCUUUAGAUUUUUCACAUUCGAUGGGUAUAAUUCAUAGGGAUGUUAAGCCUCAGAAUGUAAUGAUUGAUCCAAUAAGUAAGAGGCUUCGCUUGAUUGACUGGGGUUUGGCCGAAUUUUACCACAUGGGAAUGGACUACAAUGUUAGAGUCGCAUCCAGAUAUCAUAAAGGUCCCGAAUUACUUAUAAACUUACAGCUGUAUGACUACCUGUUAGAUUUAUGGUCUGUGGGUUGUAUGCUUGCUGCAAUAGUGUUUAAAAAAGAACCAUUCUUCAGAGGUGCAUCGAAUACAGAUCAACUUGUUCAAAUCGCAAAGAUUCGUGGUACCGAAGAAUUGAUGAAAUACGCUAACAAAUAUGGCAUAAAACUAAGUGAUGAUUAUGAUGGAGUUCUUGGAAAUUAUCCUAAAAAGCCUUGGAGCUAUUUUAUAUCUUCAGAUAAUGAACAUUUGGCAAACGAUGAAGUAAUUGAUCUUAUUGAUAAAUUGUUGACUUAUGAUCAUCAGUUGCGUCCUACAGCUAAAGAAGCAUUAGAGCAUCCUUUCUUCAAGUUAUAG